AUGGCACAUCCCUCCCAACUAGGCUUCCAAGAUGCAGCUUCACCAGUAAUAGAAGAGCUCCUUCACUUCCACGACCACACCCUUAUAAUUGUUUUCCUCAUCAGCACCCUAGUCCUUUACAUUAUUGUGACCAUAGUGGUUACAAAAUUAACAGAUAAGCUAAUUCUAGACUCCCAAGAAAUUGAAAUCAUUUGAACCCUUCUCCCAGCAAUAAUCCUUAUUCUUAUUGCCCUUCCAUCCCUGCGCAUUCUUUAUUUAAUAGAUGAAAUCAACGAUCCACACCUAACAAUUAAAGCAAUAGGACAUCAAUGAUACUGAAGUUACGAAUAUACAGAUUAUGAAGAUCUUGGCUUUGAUUCCUACAUAAUUCCCACACAAGAUCUUACCCCCGGACAAUUUCGACUUUUAGAGGCAGAUCACCGCAUAGUUAUUCCUGUAGAAUCCCCCAUCCGUGUAUUAAUCUCUGCCGAUGACGUUCUUCACUCUUGAGCAGUACCAUGCCUUGGAAUUAAAAUAGAUGCAGUUCCCGGACGACUAAACCAGACAGCCUUCAUUACAUCACGGCCUGGAGUAUUCUACGGCCAAUGCUCAGAAAUCUGCGGGGCUAACCAUAGCUUUAUGCCUAUUGUAGUUGAAGCAGUACCUCUUGAACACUUCGAAAACUGGUCAUCAAUAAUACUUGAAGAUACUU